AUGUUAUACGCUUGCGGUGCUGUAUGCAGCAUAUCAUUUAGUGACCGUCACCGUUUUGGAAGCAGUUCAGAUGCGGGUUAUGGACACAAGCACGACAAAUGGGUCGUUUUUCUGGGCGACUUCAAAGCCCGAGCGGCAGCCGGAGGGCUGGUAUACGUUGAGAGAGUAAUCGAUGAGGACCAGUUCGUUCAAUGUAUUAUGUUCAACCAUCGAGUGGUUGGAGCUGUGCUCGUCGGAGAGACGGAUCUUGAGGAAACUAUCGAAAAUCUCAUUUGUAAUGAAACCGAUCUCGAGAGAUAG